GUGUCGGCAUCGUUCUGAUCACGGUGAGCGGCAUCGCGUGGCGGUUGACGUCACACGAGGCCCCGUCGUGCCGUGCCAUGCUCGGACUGCGCGGCGACGAACCGGGAGGACGCCGGUUCGUGCCCAGGGUGCCCCCGUACGGAGGGAGGCCAGGGGGACACCCGUACGCAGCGAUGCUGUACCCGGAGUUCCAGUACCGGCCGCCUCCGCCGUCGUACCAGGCAUCGAUGCAGGAGUAUCGGCUGCGGCUUCUGCUUCUGGACCGCCAGGGCGGGCCGCCCACCCUGCCCACCCCCGUGGCCCUGGCCGCCCACCACCACCACCACCAUCACCACCACGCGGUGCCCGUUGUGCCACCCGCGGUUCCGCCCCCUUCGGCGGUCACGUCGCAGCCGGCGCCCCCCAUGCUGUCGCCGGUGUCGCCGCCGCCAACCUACCGGUCGGGAAUGCACGCCAGGUGA